GCCAGUCGGUCUGUAACCCUCUCACAGUAAGGUGUCUCCCGGACCACCGCUACCGCCGUCGUACGCGGCAAGUUUACCCUGAAGACACCCGUUCUGCCCGGGGUCCCUUGACCAAACUUUCCUAACCCGCGGUGAUACCUGUCGGUUUUUUUUUUUUUUUUUUCCGUCAUGGCGACGAGUGCGAAGCGAAAACAGGAGGAGACUCAUCUGAAGAUGCUCCGGGAAAUGACUAGCCUCCCCGCGAAUAGGAAAUGCUUCGACUGCGACCAACGCGGCCCGACCUAUGUCAACAUGACAGUGGGCUCCUUCGUCUGUACCACCUGCUCCGGGAUCUUGCGAGGACUGAAUCCCCCACACAGAGUGAAGUCCAUCUCUAUGACCACAUUCACACAGCAGGAAAUCGAGUUCCUACAGAAACACAGCAACGAGGUCUGUAAACACAUCUGGUUGGGCCUCUAUGACGACAGAACAUCAGUUGUUCCAGAUUUCCGAGAACCGCAGAAAGUAAAAGAGUUCCUCCAGGAAAAAUACGAAAAAAAGAGAUGGUAUGUUCCUCCAGACCAAGCAAGGGCAGUGGCAAAUGUCCAGGCUUCUGUGUCCGGCUCCUCAGCAAGCAGCACUGGCAGCACACCAGAAGUCCAGCCCCUCAAAACCCUGCAUCUCAACAAGACCCCUCUGCGCCAGUCUCCAGGGCUAGGUCGUUCCCAGGCUCAGAGUGCUGCUCAGGAGAAGAAAUUUGACUUGCUCUCAGACCUGGGAGGUGACAUCUUUGCUGCUCCACCCACUCAAACUGCCACCUCUACCAACUUUGCCAACUUUGCACAUUUUCCAAACCAGUCAGCACCUCAGGGUAAUUCAAAUACCAACUUUGCCAACUUUGACGCAUUUGGAAACACUGCAAUUCCAUCCCAUCAGAGCACAUCAUCUCCCUCAAAGUCCUUUUCAUCAGGUGGAGGAGUGCCAAUUCCGUCAAUAUCUAGUGCCGUCACUGCCCAGUCCCAGACAGGGAGCCAGCCAGAGGACCGCUAUGCUGCUCUGGCUGAGUUAGACAACGAGCUCAGCUCCUCUGUCUCUGUCUCUGCCUCUGCCUCCACAAGCAGCAAUGUGCAAGGAAACAUAUUUGGACCAGCACUGGGUUCAUCGCCAGCUCAGAACCCUCCUGUGUUACCCAGCAUGCAGCCUGGCUUUGGAGCUGUCCCAUCCACAAAUCCUUUCGUUGCUGCAGCCAUUGCCCCAGAAAUGGCCACCAACCCGUUCCAGACCAACGGCAGAGCACCAGCUGCAGCCUCGUUUGGUACUGGCUCUAUGAGCAUGCCUGCAGGCUUUGGGAAUGCGUCUUCCUACUGCCUCCCAACCAGUUUCAGCGGAAACUUCCAGCAACAAUUCCCUGGUCAAGCCCCCAUUCCUUACUCUCAACCGGGGGCCUAUCACCCUCAGUCUAAUGGCCCUGCAUUCCCAGUCUACAACAAGCCCUCGAUCGCACCCUUUGGGCAGCCCGUGGCUGUCCCUGGCAUGUCCAAUAACCCUUUCAUGGCGGGAGCACCAGGCGGGUCAUUCCCUUCAGGGGGUUCAUCCACCAACCCUUUCCUGUAGCACAGCUCCCAGUCCUUGCCACCAGAGGGCAGCAUGCAGCACAUAUUCAACACCGUUCAGUCACAUGACUAGUGGCAGUACAUUUCUGAAAGACUUUAUUUUAUUUUGUUUUGAUUUUUUUUUCUUCAUCAAAAAAGUUUACAACACUAUGAAGGAGUACAAAGGACUUUGUUGAAGACUAAGGGACUGUUAUGAGGGCAAAUGUACUGUUUGGACCAUA